AUGGAUAUAACUUCAGCUAUCAGUAAGCCGACCAACCUCGCUCCCAACGUCGCCGUAAACGCAGUUUUACUCCCAAGCCAGGAGCUACCAGCUGAAACUCCCAUCGUGUCAGGUUACGACUGGGAAAGUGGCAUUGACUUCAACAAAAUACUCGAAAGCUACACCCGUUCAGGAUUUCAAGCCACCAACUUCGGCAAUGCAGUGCAAGAAAUCAAUAAAAUGUUAAAAUGUCGGUCCGUUGCUUUGACUGAAGAAACAAGCGACCCGUACGAAGAAGACGUGUUUAUCAAGAAGAAAACUAACUGCACUAUAUUCCUUGGAUAUACUUCGAACAUGAUUUCCUCAGGAUUACGUGACACGCUGCGAUUUUUGGUGAAAAACAAGCUUGUAGACUGUAUUGUGACAACUGCUGGGGGUGUUGAAGAAGAUUUCAUCAAAUGUCUCGCUCCUACAUACGUUGGAGACUUCAAUUUGAGCGGGAAAAUGUUAAGGACCCGCGGUAUCAACAGAAUCGGCAACUUAUUAGUCCCAAAUGAUAAUUACUGCCGAUUUGAAGAGUGGGUAACCCCAAUACUCGAUGAAAUGCUCGAUGAACAGAUGCAAAAUGGUACUGUGUGGACGCCAUCAAGAAUUAUAGCGAAGUUAGGCGAGAAAAUUAAUGACGAGAGCUCAGUAUGCUACUGGGCUUGGAAAAACAAUAUUCCAAUUUUCAGUCCGGCAUUAACUGAUGGAUCUUUAGGCGAUAUGAUGUACUUUCAUUCUUAUAAGCGGCCAGGACUUAUAAUAGAUAUUUUAAGUGACUUAAGGAGGCUGAAUACUAUGGCUGUAAAAGCCAAUAAUACGGGUAUGAUAAUUUUAGGAGGAGGUGUUAUAAAACACCAUAUUUGUAAUGCUAAUCUCAUGAGGAACGGAGCAGACUUCGCAGUAUACAUUAAUACUGCUAGCGAGUUUGAUGGGAGUGAUGCAGGUGCAAGACCUGAUGAAGCAGUGUCCUGGGGCAAGAUCAGACCGAAUGCAACUCCAGUGAAGCUGUAUGCUGAUGCUACUUUAGUGUUUCCGAUGAUUGUCGGGCAAACAUUUGCGAAGCAUCAUUUUAGCAAUAAAAAGAAUGUGUAA